AUGCGGGCGAUGAUAGCCGAAUAUGAUCCCAAGAAAAAAGGAGUCAGAAAUGACUUAUCAGAUGUCGUUAUGGUCAAGUACAAAGUUGACCCAAAUGAGAUCCCUGUGGAACAACAGGCUGGCUCCACUCUCCCUCUUAUGGAGAUUCCGGGACGAGACAUUGAAGCUGACGAGGAUUAUAAUCCAUUUGAACACAGGAAAUUGGCUCACCCUACAUCGGACAUGGAUACUCUCAUUCACCUUUUGAAAGGAUCUCUUGGAAGUGGCAUAUUGGCUAUGCCAAUGGCCUUCCUCAACGCAGGCCUGUACUUCGGCCUGGUUGCUACAUUCUUGAUUGGUGGUAUUUGUACCUAUUGCGUUCACGUUUUAGUGAAGACUUCUCAUGACCUCUGCAAACGAAUACAGAAACCUUCUUUGGGGUUUGCUGAGACCGCGGAAACUGCAUUCCUUUCCGGUCCACCUUCUAUGCACAAAUUCUCUAGGCUCGCUAAGGCCCUCGUGAACUGGUUUCUGGUCAUUGACCUACUGGGUUGCUGCUGUGUUUAUAUAGUAUUCGUUGCCAAAAAUGUGAAGCAAGUUGUGGAUUAUCACGCUAAGGAUAGCGAGUGGUUUCCGCAUAACAUGGACGUCCGAAUCUACAUGGCACUAUUACUUCCCCUGCUCAUAGCUAUGAAUCUUAUCAGAAACUUGAAAUAUCUGGCACCAUUCUCCAUGAUAGCGAAUCUUCUGGUCGGCACUGGCAUGGGUAUAACCUUCUAUUACCUGUUCCAAGACAUACCCAGUUUUAGCGAGCGUCAGGCUUUCGCAGGUUUCGAUCAUUUGCCAACGUUCUUCGGAACCGCUAUCUUUGCUCUUGAAGGUAUUGGUGUUGUAAUGCCACUCGAAAACAAUAUGAAGACCCCAACCCAUUUCAUAGGAUGUCCCGGUGUGUUGAACACUGGCAUGUUCUUUGUUGUGUCGCUGUACGCUUUCGUCGGAUUCUUCGGAUAUCUGAAAUACGGUGAUAAAACAUCCGGGAGCAUCACGAUCAAUUUGCCAGAAGAUGAAGUGCUUGGUCAGAGCGUGAAGCUUAUGAUAGCUGUAGCCAUAUUCUUCACAUACAGUCUCCAAUUCUACGUGCCCAUGGACAUAAUCUGGAGGAACGUUCGACAUUGGUUUGGAGCUAGGAAAAAUCUCGCCGAGUACAGUAUUAGGAUUGCAAUCAUCAUAUUGACUUUAUGCAUUGCAAUUGCUAUUCCAAACUUGGGACCCUUCAUCUCUCUCGUUGGUGCCGUCUGCCUCUCGUUCCUUGGUCUCAUUUUCCCUUCGAUUAUAGAGGUCGUCGCCUUCUGGGAUAGACCUAAUGGCCUCGGCCGCUUCAAUUGGGUCCUAUGGAAGAAUUUAUUCUUAAUAUCUUUUGGGAUCCUGGGCUUUUUGACGGGUUCCUACGUCAGUAUUUUAGAAAUAAUUAAUUCAAAGGAG